AUGGAUAUUCGGAAGAAGCGAAGACCGUGGCGCAUGGACCUUUCCUCCUUCGCCUUGGUAACCCUCGCGCUAACCCUGUGCCAAGCUCCCUUCACUAGAGCAGACCCGGUGGAUGUCUUGCGGGUGCUGCAGCUGCCCUCUCUUCCCGAGGGUGUACAGAAGGUUCCAGGCUUCUGUACAUCCCGCCGUGCCGGCACUCCUGACCACGCCUACCGCAUCACCAAGAAGGCCCAGAUCUCAGCACCCACCAAGCAGCUCUUCUCAGGUCGCUUCCCAGAGAACUUCUCCAUCAUGACCCUGGUGAAGGCUAAAGCAGGGCUGCAGGCCUUCCUCUUGUCCAUCUAUAAUGAACAGGGUGUGCAGCAGCUGGGCCUGGAGUUGGGACGCUCUCCUGUCUUCCUGUACGAAGACCAGAGCCGUAAACCCGCUCCAGAGGACUACCCACUCUUCAGGGGCGUCAACCUGGCCGACGGCAAGUGGCACCGCAUUGCCAUCUCUGUCCAGAAGAAGAACGUGACCCUGCUCCUCGACUGCAAAAAGCGUAUGACCAAGCCUCUGCCCCGUAGCAACCACCCCGUCGUGGACACCAAGGGCAUCACUGUGUUUGGGGCUCGCCUGCUGGACGAGGAAGUCUUCCAGGGUGACAUCCAGCAGCUGCUGAUUGCCUCCAACCCUCAGGCAGCGUACGACUUCUGUGAGCACUACAGCCCCGACUGUGACUCUCCACUGCCCAAGACCCAGGCCCAGGACCCCAACACCUACUACUUUGAUGAAGAGCGGGAUGACUAUGAAUACCCCUAUUAUUAUGAAGAAACCACCGGAGCCCCAACCCUCUCAUCCAUCUCUCCCUCCCCCCAAACAGAAGCCCCCACCCAACAGGAUAUAGAUCCUGCCUACUCUGAGGUUGACCACACCCCGAAAGAGACGGAUUAUUAUUACACCUUAGAGGAGGAGGCGGGACAACAGCCAGAGAGUGAGGUGAUUGGACAUAAGGCGACCAUCGGCCAGGUUGAGGAGACAGAGGUGGGAGAGGAGGUAGAUAUGACCAAGGCUGGUGGCGAGGGAAUCUUUCAGACGCCAGAUGAGGCUUUUACCGAGGAGUAUGUGACGGGCGACUUUGGCAUGAAGGAAUAUGACUAUUCCUACAAGGAUUACAAUGAGCCAACCGUUGGGGAGGAGAGGGAGGCAGAGAUGGGCCCUGCCCUGUCAGCAGUGACAGACGAGGGAGGCGCCUCAGUGAGUGCCCAGAAGGGAGAAAAGGGAGAACCUGCUGUCCUUGAGCCUGGUAUGCUGAUUGAAGGACCACCAGGACCAGAAGGACCAGCAGGUCUCCCUGGCCCUGCCGGCCCCUCUGGACCUCCAGGUUCUGUGGGUGAUCCAGGUGAAAGGGGUCCUCCUGGCAGGGCAGGUCUGCCUGGAGCUGACGGAGUCCCUGGUCCUCCUGGAACAUCUGUCAUGCUUCCUUUCCGCUUUGGACAGAGUGGGGGCGACAAAGGUCCCAUUGUCUCUGCCCAGGAGGCUCAAGCUCAGGCCAUUCUGUCCCAGGCUCGGAUGGCUCUGAAAGGUCCACCCGGACCAAUGGGUUACACUGGCCGUCCUGGACCUUUGGGUACUCCUGGAAGUCCCGGUCUGAAAGGAGAGAGCGGAGAUCCUGGUCCUCAGGGUCCCAGAGGUCCUCAGGGCUUGUCUGGUCCCCCAGGCAGAGCAGGACGAAGGGGACGUGCUGGAGCGGAUGGAGCUCGGGGAAUGCCUGGAGAGCCUGGAUCAAAGGGUGACCGUGGUUUUGAUGGACUUCCUGGUUUGCCUGGAGACAAAGGUCAUCGGGGUCACCCUGGUGGAUUGGGACCCCCAGGCCCUCCUGGAGAGGACGGAGAGAGAGGAGAUGACGGAGAUGUCGGGCCCAGGGGACUUCCAGGUGAACCAGGACCCCGUGGUUUGCUUGGGCCUAAAGGUCCACCUGGAAUUCCUGGACCCCCUGGCGUGCGGGGAAGUGACGGCCCUCAUGGCCCCAAAGGAAACUUGGGUCCCCAAGGAGAGCCUGGCCCCCCAGGACAGCAGGGCACCCCCGGGUCUCAGGGAAUGCCUGGGCCUCAGGGACCUAUUGGACCUCCAGGAGAGAAAGGACCUAAUGGUAAACCAGGCCUACCAGGAAUGCCCGGUGCUGAUGGCCCACCUGGCCACCCAGGAAAGGAAGGCCCAGCUGGAACCAAGGGAAACCAGGGUCCAAAUGGUCCUCAGGGCUCUAUUGGCUAUCCUGGCCCUCGUGGCGUUAAGGGAGCUCAGGGUAUCCGUGGACUGAGAGGACAUAAGGGAGAGAAGGGUGAAGAUGGCUUCCCUGGCAUCAAAGGAGACUUUGGCGUGAAGGGAGAAAGAGGAGAGGUUGGGGUGCCAGGCCCCAGAGGAGAGGAUGGCCCUGAAGGUCCAAAAGGUCGUGUUGGGCCUCCUGGUGAGAUUGGACCCCUUGGCUUGGUUGGAGAGAAGGGUAAACUUGGUGUUCCUGGAUUGCCUGGUUACCCUGGAAGACAAGGACCCAAGGGCUCCCUUGGUUUCCCAGGAUUCCCGGGUGCAAACGGCGAGAAAGGUGCAAGGGGUCUGAUAGGAAAGGCUGGGCCGAGAGGACAGAGAGGACCGACUGGACCUAGAGGUCAGAGAGGGCCACGUGGUGCCACUGGAAAACCAGGAGCCAAGGGUUCUUCAGGUAGUGACGGGCCUCCUGGUCCUCCAGGCGAGAGGGGACUGCCGGGACCUCAAGGAGCAAAUGGUUUCCCUGGGCCCAAGGGACCUCCUGGACCACCAGGAAAAGAUGGACUCCCUGGACACCCUGGACAGAGAGGAGAAGUCGGAUUUCAAGGAAAGACUGGGCCUCCAGGACCACCAGGAGUUGUUGGUCCCCAGGGUCCCUCAGGAGAGACCGGCCCUAUGGGUGAACGUGGUCACCCCGGACCUCCAGGACCUCCCGGUGAGCAAGGCCUUCCUGGAGCCUCAGGGAAAGAGGGAACCAAGGGAGACCCUGGCCCUCCAGGUGGCCCAGGCAAAGAUGGACCUCCUGGGCUGAGGGGCUUCCCUGGAGAGAGAGGACUUCCAGGAACUCCAGGUGGCGGUGGACUGAAAGGCAACGAAGGCCCCGCUGGACCUCCUGGACCUGCUGGAUCCCCUGGUGAGAGAGGAUCUGCUGGUACCGCUGGCCCAAUUGGACCCCCAGGAAGACCUGGACCCCAAGGGCCCCCUGGAGCUGCAGGAGAGAAAGGAGUGCCUGGUGAGAAAGGUCCUAUUGGCCCAGCUGGACGCGAUGGUGUUCAAGGUCCAGUCGGUCUUCCAGGCCCUGCUGGACCCCCAGGUGUUCCUGGAGAGGACGGUGACAAGGGUGAGGUUGGAGAGCACGGACAGAAAGGAUCAAAGGGUGCUAAAGGAGAACACGGUCCCCCUGGUCCACCUGGGCCAAUCGGUCCUGUCGGUCAACCUGGUGCCGCUGGUGCUGAUGGUGAAACUGGUGCUAGGGGUCAACAGGGGCCCUUCGGAGCCAAAGGAGAUGAAGGUACCAGAGGUUUCCCUGGGCCACCAGGUCCCAUUGGACUGCAGGGCUUGCCAGGUCCAGCUGGUGAGAAAGGAGAGACUGGAGAUGUUGGUCCAAUGGGUCCUCCUGGUCCACCAGGGCCCCGAGGCCCAGCUGGACCCAACGGUGCUGAUGGUCCUCAAGGACCUCCUGGAGGUCUGGGUAAUCCUGGUCCCAUUGGAGAGAAGGGAGAGCCUGGAGAAUCUGGACCACCUGGAGUUGGAGGAGAACCAGGAAAGAAGGGUCCCAGAGGAGAGCGUGGAGAGAAGGGAGAAGCAGGACAACCAGGCACCCCUGGACCUCCUGGUGGAAAGGGACCCCCUGGAGAUGAUGGGCCCAAAGGAAAUCCUGGACCAGUUGGCUUCCCUGGUGAUCCUGGUCCUCCUGGUGAAGUUGGUCCAAGAGGUCAAGACGGUGCAAAGGGAGAGAGAGGAGAAGAUGGCGAACAAGGAGAAGCAGGUUCUCCUGGACCUACUGGUGAGAAUGGGCCACCUGGACCCCCUGGGAAGAGAGGUCCUGCCGGAACAAGAGGACCAGAGGGACGACAAGGAGAGAAGGGCACCAAGGGAGAUCCAGGGGCUACUGGUCCUCCCGGGAAGACAGGCCCUGUUGGACCUCAGGGUCAACCAGGAAAACCAGGAACGGAGGGUCUGAGAGGUCUUCCUGGAUCAGUGGGUGAGCAAGGUGCUCCUGGCCCUUCUGGUCAGAAAGGACCUCCAGGACCUGUGGGUCCUCCAGGUUUGCCUGGGUUGCGUGGAGAUCCUGGUGCUAAGGGAGAGAAGGGUCACCCAGGAAUGAUCGGUCUGAUUGGCCCCCCCGGAGAGCAGGGAGAGAAAGGAGACAGAGGACUCCCCGGGCCUCAGGGAGGCAAUGGACCCAAAGGAGAGCCUGGUAUGCCUGGUGGAACUGGACCCCUUGGCCCUGCUGGUCCUGCUGGUUUGCCUGGUCCAAGAGGUGUCAAAGGAGCCAAAGGUGCUACUGGUGCAGCUGGUCCUAAGGGAGAGAAGGGUGUACAAGGACCCCCAGGUCCUCCUGGACCCCCUGGUGAUGUGAUCCAGCCAUUGCCCAUACAGAUCCCCAAGAAGUCAAAACGCUCCAUUGACGCUAGCAAGCUUCUGUCCGAGACAGACACAGAAGACGCCCAGGCCGACACCGCGGGCACCGAGUUCCUGACAGGAAAUGAGGGCAUGGAAGAGAUCUUCGGCUCACUCGAUUCGCUGCGACAGGAGAUCGAGAGCAUACGCUUCCCUCUAGGAACUCAGGUCAGCCCUGCCCGAACCUGCAAAGACCUUCAGCUCAGCCAGCCAGAGUACAAGGAUGGGGAGUACUGGAUCGACCCCAACCAGGGCUGUGCACGUGACUCCUUCAAAGUUUACUGUAAUUUCACCGCAGGUGGAGAAACCUGUCUGUACCCCAGCAAGGCUGUGGAGAACGUCCCGAUAGACUCUUGGUCCAAGGAAACCCCAGGCUCCUGGUAUAGUAAGUUUGCUGGAGGCAGCAAGUUCUCAUAUGUGGAUUCUGAAGGCAGGCCAGUAGGUGUGGUCCAACUGGGCUUCCUGCGGUUGCUUAGUGUCCAAGCCAGGCAGAACCUCACCUACCAUUGCCACCGCUCAGUGGCCUGGGCUGACCGCACUGCCGGGAAUGCUCACCAGAGGGCGCUGCAUUUCCAGGGUGCCAACGAUGAGGAGCUCAGCUACGAGACCAGCCCCUACAUCAAAGCCCUUGAAGAUGGCUGCUCUUAUCGUAAAGGUUAUGACAGGACAGUGCUAGAGGUGAACUCGCCACAGGUGGAACAUCUCCCUCUGCUGGACAUUAAGAUCUCAGACUUUGGGGAAAAGAAUCAGAAAUUUGGCUUUGAAGUGGGACCUGUCUGUUUCCUGGGCUAA